CUGAUCGCUGCAGCUCUGGAACCCGGAGGUUGGUGUCUGACCCUGGUCCGUGUCGUGUUGUUUUCAGACGUGUCUCUGGGGCUGCUGACGCUGCGUUUCCUGGAGCUGCUGCUGGCGUCUCCAGACGGCGCUGUGGACCUCCGGGACGUUCCGGCGCGCCUGCAGACCGGCAAACGGCGAGUCUAUGACAUCACACACGUCCUGACCGGCAUCAAGCUCAUCCAGAAGGACUCGGUCAACUGGGUGAAAUGGAUAGGAAAGAGUCCGAUCUCCAGCUUUCUGUGGAAGAACCCGCAGAGGCUCCGCAGAGAGCUGGACGACCUGAAGGUGCUGGAGGACAAGCUGGACACGCUCAUCAAAAGCUGCGCUCGGCAGCUCUUCGACAUGACGGACGAUGUGGAGAGCUCUGAAUAUCCUUUACAGCAGACCGAAGUAAAACCAGAAUAUAUAUCUGUAAAUGUACAUUUAACCCUUUAA